GCAGAGCAACGUUUAACAAUCGCUACUGUUGCAACAAAACAAGUUGAAGAGUAUGCACUAUCUACAACUCUUGAUGUUCAUACAGAGCAGAGAAUUGAGAAAAGACCAUUAUACACUGAACCAACAAUCGAUGAAGAAGAAUUUGAUGAAGAAUCCAUGUUCUUUGAACCUUCUAAUAUAACAAAAAUCCAAGAGAUAGUCACGGAAACAAUCGAAAGAACUAUUAAUAAUGGUUGGGAAGUUAAACUAUUGAAGUGGCAACAACAUGCCCUUAAACAAUUAAUUAACGGAGUUCAGUAUCCAUCAGAGCAAAGUAUCUAUAACAUACUUUGUGCUUCAUCAAUCUUUUACUUUCAACAAGAAAGGAGGCCAACAUACACUGGUUUUCUAACGACAAAUGAAAUCGCUGAUAUUCGAUCACAUGUCUUAUCAAAAUUCGAAAUAAUAGAAAUUCCAGAUAGAGUUAAGGAGUAUGUAAAAGAAAACAAGAAGGAUUAUCAACAAUGUAGUCUGGAGGAAAUUGAGAGGUUUCUUAAACGUGAUAUUGGGAAACAAGUUGAUGAAAAGUUAUUAGUUAGAACAUUUUUUAGACUAUUGGAAGAAUGUGUGUUAUGGGAUCCCAUAGUAAAUUUGGAUGAAUUAACAGAAGGAAUAUUCGUGGUAGAUUAUAUCGCACCACUCUUUAAUAGAACGAUUCAUUAUUUUAAUUACAUUCAUGAUGUAAAGUCUUAUGCAUCUGAAUUACGCCGAGGUCAUGGUCGAAAACCCGAUUACAAACUAAAUAAUAGAAAUGGAACUCGUACGGCUGUAUUUGGUGAAGUGACUAGUCCGAAACGUCAAAAUGACUCACAUAAAGUCAACUGGGACAUUUAUCGUGGUGCCACUCAUGCAAAAGAUGACAUCGAUUAUGAUAUCAACCAACGUGGAAAAGAGUUACAAUCACAUGAAAAAAAACGAAUAGUCACUAUUGUUCGUGGUUAUAAAAUGUCAGUAUGUAUUAUGGAAUUGUAUUCUCCUGGAAUAUAUCUAUUUGUUGAAGUGGCUUCAUGUAACGUUCCAAGAAAUGUUAGAGAUUUAGAACAGAUUAUGAUCUUUUAUCAAAUUUUGAUGAGUAUCCGG